UCACUAAUGGUGAGUGCAAUAGUCUUUGCUGCAAGAAACGAAUAUGGCUACCUAUUCAGCUCUGAAACCGAAGUUGUGGAUUAUGUAAGAACAAUGGCACCUCUGGUUUCUUUAUCAGUCAUAUUUGAUGCUCUUCACGCAGUUCUUUCAGGUGUGGCUAGAGGAUCAGGGAGGCAAGAUAUUGGUGCAUAUGUAAACCUAGCUGCAUACUACCUCUUUGGAAUACCAACUGCUGUCGUAUUAGGAUUUAGGUUUAACAUGAGAGGAAGAGGACUCUGGAUUGGUAUUACAGUUGGGUCUUGUGUACAAGCUGUUCUUCUCAGUCUUAUUGUCAUUUUCACCAACUGGAAACAACAGGCAAGGAAGGCACGAGAAAGAGUGAUGGGUGAUGAGUUUGAAGACGACGAACAUGACUGAUCAUCAGUUAAAAUCAAAAGAGUUAUUCGAUCAUUUUGUCAUUUAAUGUUGUGUUUUAUUUCAGAAUAUAGUAAUGUGAAGGAUUAGAAAGUGCACACAUAUGCACGUUCACAUGA